CCCUGGCGGCGCCUCGGGCUGUUAGCGAGACGGUUAGGCCGCACUGGGGCGGAGCUGCGUUUCUGGAGAGGAGCGGGCUCCGCCCUCAUUUUCCCGCCCCAGACAGAAACUUCCAGCCAAUCGAAGAACCAGGCUGUCAGCUCGCCCUCCCGGAGCACUGGGGCGUGGCGUUCGCUUCUAGCCAAUCAGAGGCGAGCUUCGCUAGGGGCGCAUGCGCGGCGAGGACGAGGCGGGACUGAGGAGGUGGUUUCAUUCGCAAGAUGGCGGCGAGCGGCGUACGGCAGGCUGCUGCGGCAGCCAGCACGUCUGUGAAGCCCAUUUUCAGUCGGGACCUGAACGAGGCCAAGCGGAGGGUGCGCGAGCUGUACCGCGCCUGGUAUCGGGAGGUGCCGCACACCGUGUCCUUAUUCCAGCUAGACAUCCCUGUGAAACAGGGACGGGAUAAAGUCCGAGAAAUGUUUAUGAAGAAUGCCCACGUCACAGACCCCAGGGUGAUUGAUCUUCUGGUGAUUAAGGGCAAGAUGGAGCUGGAGGAAACAAUUCAUGUGUGGAAGCAGCGGACACAUAUUAUGCGGUUCUUCCAUGAAACAGAAGCACCAAGGCCAAAGGAUUUCCUGUCCAAGUUCUAUGCUGGCCAUGACCCAUAAAGCCACUCAGUCGAAAGGUGCAUGUUAUUUAAUUAUUUUAGAAUACAAAUAAAUUCACAAUAUGA